ACCAGAGCAGCACUGCCGCCUCUGGCGCGAAGGCUCAGGCGCCUCCUCCCGCCCCACCACUGUGGCUCUGUGCACGCUGCCGGCCGCUGCUCUCUACAGCCUCUGAAGAAGAAAGCCCGGGAGCCGCUGUCGCUUAAAAACCAUGGCUUCGGGUCGAAGGGGCUGGGACAGCUCCCACGAAGAUGAUCUGCCUGUGUAUUUGGCUCGGCCGGGCACCACAGAUCAGGUCCCACGGCAGAAGUACGGAGGCAUGUUCUGCAACGUGGAGGGCGCCUUCGAGAGCAAGACAUUGGAUUUCGAUGCCUUGAGCGUGGGACAGCGCGGCGCCAAGACUCCCCGGAGCAGCCAGGGCAGCGGCCGCGGCGCGGGGAUCCGGCCAGGGGUGGAGGGGGACGCGCGCAGGGGUCAGGGUCGGGAGGAGAGCAGGGAACCCGCGCCCGAGUCGCCCAAGUCCGCUGGGGUAGAGAUCCGGAGUGCCACUGGCAAGGAGGUCCUACAAAACCUCGGUCCCAAGGACAAGAGUGACCGUCUUCUAAUCAAGGGAGGGAGAAUCGUCAAUGAUGAUCAGUCCUUUUAUGCUGAUAUUUACAUGGAGGAUGGCUUGAUAAAGCAAAUUGGAGACAAUCUGAUUGUCCCUGGAGGUGUGAAGACCAUUGAAGCCAACGGGAAGAUGGUGAUCCCUGGAGGCAUUGAUGUCCACACUCACUUCCAGAUGCCUUACAAGGGAAUGACCACAGUGGAUGAUUUCUUCCAAGGGACGAAGGCUGCCUUAGCCGGUGGCACUACGAUGAUCAUCGACCAUGUGGUACCCGAACCUGAGUCUAGCCUGACCGAGGCCUAUGAGAAGUGGCGUGAGUGGGCUGAUGGGAAGAGCUGCUGUGACUAUGCUUUGCACGUGGACAUCACCCACUGGAACGACAGCGUGAAGCAGGAAGUGCAGAACCUCAGCAAAGACAAAGGUGUUAACUCCUUCAUGGUUUACAUGGCCUACAAGGAUCUAUAUCAAGUGUCAAACACAGAGCUCUAUGAGAUCUUCACCUGCCUGGCAGAGCUGGGGGCCAUUGCUCAAGUUCAUGCUGAAAAUGGAGACAUCAUUGCCCAGGAGCAGGCCCGGAUGUUGGAAAUGGGGAUAACUGGCCCAGAAGGUCAUGUUCUGAGCAGACCAGAAGAGCUGGAAGCUGAGGCUGUGUUCCGUGCCAUCACCAUCGCCAGCCAGACCAACUGCCCCCUCUACGUCACAAAGGUCAUGAGCAAGAGCGCCGCUGAUCUCAUCUCACAAGCCAGGAAGAAAGGAAAUGUGGUCUUUGGCGAACCCAUCACUGCCAGUCUCGGGAUAGAUGGAACCCAUUACUGGAGUAAGAACUGGGCCAAGGCAGCUGCAUUUGUGACAUCCCCACCUCUGAGCCCUGACCCAACCACACCUGACUACAUCAACUCCUUGCUGGCCAGCGGGGAUCUACAGCUCUCUGGAAGUGCCCACUGUACCUUCAGCACUGCCCAGAAAGCCAUCGGGAAGGACAACUUCACAGCCAUCCCUGAGGGCACCAAUGGUGUGGAGGAGCGUAUGUCUGUCAUCUGGGACAAGGCUGUGGCCACGGGAAAGAUGGAUGAAAAUCAGUUUGUGGCUGUGACAAGCACCAACGCUGCCAAGAUAUUCAACCUGUACCCACGCAAGGGAAGAAUAGCCGUGGGCUCUGACAGUGACCUGGUCAUCUGGGAUCCAGAUGCUGUGAAGAUCGUCUCUGCCAAGAACCACCAGUCGGUUGCAGAAUACAACAUCUUUGAAGGGAUGGAGCUGCGUGGGGCACCUCUGGUGGUUAUCUGCCAGGGCAAGAUCAUGCUGGAAGACAACAACCUGCACGUGACCCAGGGGGCUGGCCGCUUCAUUCCCUGCAGCCCCUUCUCGGACUAUGUCUAUAAGCGCAUUAAAGCCAGGAGGAAGAUGGCGGACCUGCAUGCUGUCCCAAGGGGCAUGUAUGAUGGACCAGUGUUUGACUUGACCACCACCCCCAAGGGAGGCACCCCAGCUGGCUCUACUCGGGGCUCUCCCACUCGGCCAAACCCGCCAGUGAGGAACCUCCACCAGUCGGGAUUUAGCCUGUCAGGCACCCAAGUGGAUGAGGGUGUCCGCUCUGCCAGCAAACGCAUCGUGGCGCCCCCUGGAGGCCGUUCUAACAUCACAUCCCUGAGUUAAGCAAGCCCUAGCAAAGAGGGAGGCACAAGCAAGAAGAGAUUUUUUUGAAGCCAAAAUGGUACACCGAUAUUUAAGAAGGAAAGUGAAUCCAAACAGUUGCGAUCUAAAGAAUCAAUAAGCCUCAAGCCUUAUGUUCCCCAAUGUUAUGCUCGCUUGCCUAGCUUUAUGAAUUGCUUUGAUUUCUGUUGAUGCAUUACCUUGAUUUCUUUGACCCCUUCCCCCACUUACAUGCAUGCGAUCAGACAGGCCACUAAGGUAGAGUCUGCAUAUUAUAGUGUUGAGAGCGUAUGUAGCGCUGCAUCUUACGACAAGGGGACAGAUGAAGCUGGGGCGUCAAAGUGGGGACGUCAAGAGUGUGAACAAAAGGCACGAAGGUUUCUUUGGGUGAUUGGGUGGUGGGAGCCCAGGGCAAGGUGGAGGGCACAAAGGAGCUGGAGUGGGGCGUGUAGGAGGGAGGUGGGUGGGCUGGGGGAGCAGAAGGGCAUUGUGUGUUGUGUUGAUGAUGUACAUUCAUUUCCACGGAGAGUGGCCAUGCAUGGCAGCUUGAUGCUGCACCACAGUCUCCUGGGAUCUGCAGAGAAGGCAGGAGGUCUUUGAGUUCUGGACUUCAUCACAUCCUUGCCUAGUAGAUUUUGUUUCUUUAGUCAUUUCUUAAGUGUCAGAAUCCAGCCAGUUCUUCCACCUGUGAUGCCAGUGUUCGUUUGGGCCUCCUCCUCAUGCUGCUUUCUAAUCCUCUUGCUGGUUGUGAUGACCACACAGGCAGAACACAGGGAGAGGUCUCCUAUCUUCCUUGGUGCUCACCAAAGGCUGCCAUGGAGAAUGCAGCACAGGCUUCGGUUGGGGAGAGCAGUGAUGUUUCCACGUCUUUCCUCUCGGUCCUGGGGAGGCAGCUCUUACGCUCCUGUCUGCACGCUGAGGGGAGACACAUGCUCUUGCCUACUGAGUUAGGAUCCUGGCAGAGAUAGAGUCAAGGGUGAUGGGAGUGACUCUAUCUUGACCUUCUCAGAUCCAAACACAUCCGGGAGUUUUCUUUCUGGAAAACGGGCUUUCUCAGUUAUUCUUAAUCUUGACCCCUAGUAGUAAUGUUAGCUUCUCUGGGAGUAAAGCAGAGAUUUAGGGAAGCCAGCCUUGAGUAGUGGCAGAAUACAAUGUUUAACCCUGUUUUCAAUUCUAUGCCAUGUCUUCCUACUUCUACGGGCAGGUCCCAGGGCUGGGCUGCCACUUUUUAAUUGGUACUAACAUCUCUAGAGCAAGUUGCAGGAAGUGACGCGAUGCACCCUUCUUGGCAUGGCACAGAGGAGGAGAAGGUUUGCACCUCCUUUGUCUGUCAGAGUUGGAAAAGUCCAUGCCCCUGCCACACUAUUUACAAAACCAAUUGUGAACCAGGUUCUCUGAGCAAGGCGGGGGUCUACAGAAGUCAGUAGGCUCUCCUGCAAGCAACAUGCUAUCAACCUUGGCUCAGACUUCAGUGCUGUGGAGGCCCACUUGGUAAGGAACAGAACACUGUGGAUUAAGUCCUCUGAGGUCAGAGCAGGGCUCACACGCCUUCUAAGAACUUAGGAGAAAUCUCUAUCUCUGCCAGCAAGUGAUUUUUGUUUGUUUUUGUGUUUUUGGAGGUGAAGGAUUUUUUGUUCAUUUUGUUUUGUGGGACUGGACAAUGGAGUCCAGGGCCUCUCACGUGCUAGGCAGGCAUCCUGCCACUGUGCUACACAGGGCCCCCAACCCUGACUGCAGGUUGUCAUACAACUCAGAAGUAAAGAAACACAAUUGGUUUGACUAAGAAUGAAUUUGGAAAUAGCAGAGAAAGAGGAUUUCCCUGAGCAAGCUAGUUUCUGCUCCAAUCAUGGGAAAGGCUCGUUCAACUUCCUAACAGGGAAUUUUACUAUUUUAGAGCUCUCAUGGUGCUUUCAAUUUAAAAGAACCUUUAGCAGAAGAAAAUGAGGGGGAUGUAGUCUUGAAUUACAAUUCAAAGAUUUAGGGAUUUCUCCAGCAACUCAGAAAGAUUUUUAUAGGGAGUGUUCUGGAUCUGCAGCAUGUACACUAUAUAUAUACCUCAAUAGCCAGGCUUGGCUGCAGUAUAGGUUGUAGUACCACGCAUAGCCACCAGAGGGCGAAAGCGACAUGUAAAUUAACUAAUUCUGGUCUACACCAACUGUGUGGUGGUUUCCCAUGUCUGAGACAGUCCCUCCAGGGCCUCUCUGGUCAUGAAAAAUAACCUUCUCUGGGCCAUCGGCAUUGCACUUGGGACUUCCACUCAAGCGUUUCUCGUGAGGGUUUCUUGAAGCCCUCAAUGGUGGCCGGCACCAUCUCGGGAUCCCUCCCUUUCUUCAUUCACUAUUAGUAACACCCAAGCACAGAAAUAGCCGAGAAUCCCUGACACCUCCUCCACUAUUUUCUUAAUAUGAGAAUUUUUCUAAGCAGCUUUUUCCUUGAGUUAAUUUUUUAUAUUUAAAUUGGUUCUGCUCGUAGAUACAUCAGACAGCACCAGUCACGGGGUUUCCCGGAAGGAAAACGACAAGGCGUGAGGGCUUCCUUCAAGCUCACUGGCAUUCCGUCCGAGGGUGGGAGGACAUGUUGGGUACUAACUUCUCUCAAGAAGCUUUUGUCAUCCGGGCUUUCCACUCAGCCCCCUUGAAGAAAACCAUGUAAUCUCCAAACCUCAAGUUAUUUCUAAGCCCCAAUGACAGCAUACUGACAUUCGUUCUGAAGGGCCACAGAUUUGAGUGGUUGAGACCAUCUUCCUGGAGCAGUUAAAUCCCACAGUGGAGAUAUUUCUUUUACUUCUAAGUUUUUGAAACUAAUAGAAUUAUAGUGGUCCUCCAAAAUACUCUUUCCCCCACUUCAAAGCCCAGUGGUUCUUUGGGUCAUUUCUUCAUGACGAUACUCUGAAAUCUUAUCUCAUCUCCCAAGACCUGAAUCCUAACUCUGGACUCCCUUCUGCUCAUCCUACCAAGUCCCUACCAAGAGGCGAGUGCUUCUCAAUAUUGAUUCCUGCCCUAAGCCCCCAGGUCUUCUCCCCUAGACAGCCCCAGCUUGUGCCCCGAUGCAGUCAUGGGCUGGCCGAGGCAGCCAGCGUUCCUCGUAAUUCCCCUUUGAGACAUGGUGUGUGGGUGUUCAGUUCUGUGUCUGGUGGCUAUGGACAGACCGUGCGUCUCCCUGUGACCUGUGCUAGCUGUGAGGCAGCUCGGAAACUGAAGAGCUGUUUGGUUUGAACCGUGAAGAAAAACUGUGUAUUGAGUUAGCUGAGGUUAAAGAGACAAAAGCUCAUCAAGUGACUGUUAAUGUAAACCUGGUUAUUAAAAUAAUUACAAAAAUUA